AUUCAUCAAUAAUUUAAGAUACGAGAAUUUACACAAGAAUAGAAUUAGAAUCAGAAUAAUCAUUCCCUUAUAAUCUAAGAUAUUCAAGAGUGAAAAACAUGUAAUUCUAAACCCUAGGCCAAACACAGCAUCAAAAUUAUAUUCGCAGCCUUCGUAGGCACACUUUGAUUUCCCACACUACACAGUUUCUCAUCAACUUUCUCGUUUAUUUUCCGGGAUUUUUUUUUUCUUUUGCUUACUUCCUCGCCUGAUCGACAAUAUCCUCUUUCGAUUCUCGUCGAGCCAUCUUCUUUUUCGGCUUCGGUGUUCAUUCGCGUAGAACAAGAUUUUGGGGUUUGGAGAGUUGCAAUGGCUAUGGCGGCGCCAGGGCAACUCAACGUGAACGAGUCACCUUCUUGGGGAUCUCGAAGCGUCGAUUGCUUCGAAAAAUUGGAGCAAAUUGGCGAGGGCACAUAUGGUCAGGUUUACAUGGCUAGAGAGAUCAAAACUGGUGAAAUUGUUGCCCUGAAGAAAAUACGAAUGGACAAUGAGAGAGAAGGGUUUCCCAUAACAGCUAUACGUGAAAUCAAAAUUCUAAAGAAACUACACCAUGAAAAUGUAAUCAAGUUGAAAGAAAUUGUGACUUCUCCAGGCCCUGAGAAAGAUGAACAAGGGAGGCCAGAUGGUAACAAAUAUAAAGGUGGCAUCUAUAUGGUCUUUGAAUACAUGGACCAUGAUUUGACAGGUCUUGCUGACCGACCUGGGAUGAGAUUUACAGUUCCCCAAAUUAAGUGUUACAUGAGACAGCUUCUCACUGGGCUGCACUAUUGUCACGUAAAUCAAGUACUUCACCGUGACAUCAAAGGUUCAAACCUUCUUAUAGAUAAUGAAGGUAAUCUGAAACUUGCAGAUUUUGGACUGGCACGAUCAUUUUCUAAUGAGCAUAAUGCAAAUCUUACAAAUCGUGUCAUCACAUUAUGGUAUAGACCUCCUGAGCUGCUGCUAGGGGCAACAAGGUAUGGGCCAGCAGUAGAUAUGUGGUCUGUAGGUUGCAUUUUUGCAGAGCUACUUCAUGGGAAGCCUAUCUUUCCUGGAAAAGAUGAGCCAGAACAAUUAAAUAAAAUUUUUGAGUUGUGUGGAGCACCUGAUGAGGUGAACUGGCCUGGUGUUUCAAAGACUCCUUGGUAUAAUCAAUUUAAGCCAACAAGACCCAUGAAAAGACGUCUGAGGGAAGUUUUCAGACAUUUUGAUCGUCAUGCUCUGGAAUUGUUGGAGAAGAUGCUGACACUUGAUCCUGCUCAGAGAAUUACUGCCAAGGAUGCACUUGAUGCUGAGUAUUUCUGGACUGAUCCAUUACCAUGUGAUCCCAAGAGUUUACCCAAGUACGAGUCAUCCCAUGAGUUUCAGACCAAGAAAAAGCGCCAGCAGCAACGACAAAAUGAAGAAAAUGCCAAGCGUCUUAAAAUGCAGCAUCCACAACAACAUAGUCGUCUUCCCCCAAUUCAGCAGGGUGGGCAACAUGCCCAGAUGCGGCAAGGUCCUAACCACCCUCCUAUUCAUGGGUCUCAACCAACAGUUGCUGCAGGACCUAGCCAUCAUUAUGGGAAGCCUCGAGGUCCCUCUGGUGGGCCAGGAAGAUAUCCUCCUGGUGGGAACCCUGGUGGGGGAUACAAUCACCCAAAUCGUGGAGGUCAAGGAGGAGGAGGUGGUGGUUAUGGAAGUGGUCCAUAUCCUCCCCAGGGGCGAGGGGCACCAUAUGGGUCAAGUGGUAUGCCUGGUGGGCCCAGCGGUGGUCCUCGUGGUGGGGGUGGUAGUGGUUAUGGAGUUGGAGCUCCAAAUUAUCCUCAAGGUGGUCCAUAUGGUGGUUCAGCAGCUGGUCGUGGCUCAAACAUGAUGGGUGGAAACCGCAACCAACAGUAUGGUUGGCAGCAGUAAAAGCAUUUUCUUAUCGUGAUUGGUAUUGCAAUUUGGUGAUACUUAACUGAGGCACAUGACAAUAAGUGAUAGAAAUAGAUCAGACAUAUUGAUGGAUUGAGCCAUUAGAAAAAGAUAUGACCCUUAUUCAUUAAUUAUUGUUUAUUGAUAUAAUUGUAUGAUUACUUGAACUGCCUUGAAGCCUUUGUGAGGCCACCUAACACAAUGUUUGGUCAUUAUGCAAUAAUGUUUAUAAAGAGACCACGAAAGGGUAGAGAACUCACUGCUUUUGUAAUUGUCCAUUUUUAAUAUUUUAUACCUUAGAUUCCUGUGCGGCACAUGUGUUAAUGAAAGCAGUAUGCUUCAAAAAUGUAUUACAAGCUGCUGUUCUAACUUAUACUGUGUUUCUAGUGAUCUUGUAUCGUGUUUUGCUAUCUCUAUUUUCAAACUCGUACAAUGCAUUUUGACUUGCUGUU